ACCACCCAACUUCGUUCUCCAUCACUCACAUUCUGAUUCUCUUCGCACUCUCACUUCCCUUAGCUUCCUUUUCAAUCACAAUCUUCAUCUACUACCCCACUUCGCAGUUCGCACAUAUCUCUUUAUUUGUCGUUUUCUAUAAAUGCGAUUCCAAUUCGAUCUUGAUUUGAUUCUAUUCUAGAAAUAAUACUCGUUGUUGCCUUUUCACAAAAUGCUCACUCAACACUCCUCCUGAUUCUUUUCCCUCCAUCAAACUUUUUUUUUUUAAACAUUUUGUACCAAUCAAUUUUUUUGGUUUCCUUGUAUAGAUCCUCAUCCCUCUUGCAGACUGGGUUUUCUGAGGUCAUUACAGUUAAUUAAAUUCUUUUCUCGAGCUAAUAUCCUUGAAGGGUUCCGAUUUCGAAAUGGUCAGUGAUCAAUGCUUGUGAAUUUCGUUAAGAACUCCUUGCUCGAGGUGCUGAAUGCCGACCGUUGAAUUUCAAUGAAAAGCACAGUUUUUCGUGUUAAUGUAGUCAAAUAGUCUCAGAAGAGAAAGAGAGAUUUGGAUCAAGAAGGAUGAGGAAGAUUAGAGGAGACAGAGAUGAUCCAGAGAAGUACGUGGGUUUGCUUAGAUUAGCUCAAGCGCUUUCAUUUUUAGUAGUUUUUGUUGCGGGUGUGGUUAUUGGUUUAACUAUGAGUUCUCAUAUCAAUAACCAAUUUAGUACUCAAUCAGAGCUAUACACUCUAAUGAACCAUGUAUCAAUUGGUGUGGCUGGGGUCAGGGAAGAAGAAAAUUGUAGCAUCAUAUGCGAAGAGACUGAUUGUUUGAACAUGGAGACCUUUCUGCAUCCGACCAACGUGACACAUGAUUUACUGGAUGAUGAACUUCUCUGGAGAGCUUCCUUGGCGCCCAUGAAAGAAGAGUAUCCUUACACCAGAAUUCCGAAAUUGGCUUUCAUGUUUUUGACAAGGGGACCGUUGCCAAUGUUGCCACUCUGGGAGAGGUUCUUUCAGGGGCAUGAGGAAUUGUUCAACAUAUAUGUCCAUGUACCUCCUGGAUACACACUCAAUGUGUCCAAUUUUUCUGUUUUUUAUGGACGCCAGAUCCCAAGUCAGGAUGUCUCUUGGGGAACCGUAUCACUAGCAGAUGCUGAAAGGCGCCUCUUAGGCAAUGCACUGCUGGACUUUUCAAAUGAGCGAUUUAUCCUUCUCUCUGAGAGCUGCAUCCCGGUCUACAACUUCCCCACUGUCUACAGAUACCUCACUGACUCCAUCCACAGUUUUGUUGAGUCCUACGAUGAUCCUUCUCGGUACGGGCGAGGCCGAUACAGCCGCAAUAUGCUUCCCCACAUCCAACUCAAACACUGGAGAAAAGGGUCUCAGUGGUUUGAGGUUCGCCGUGCCGUGGCUGUUUUUUUAGUUUCUGACACCAAAUACUACAAUCUCUUCCGCAAAUAUUGUAAGCCUGCUUGCUACCCAGAUGAGCAUUAUAUUCCAACGUUCUUGAACUUGUUCUAUGGUCCUAUGAAUGCUAACAGAACAGUCACAUGGGUGAAUUGGUCAAUGGGAGGGCCUCAUCCAGCAACUUACGGUAGAGAAAAUAUCACUGUGAGAUUCUUACAGGCUAUAAGGAACAAUGGAACACUCUGUCGAUAUAAUUCAGAGAUGACAUCUGUUUGUUUUCUCUUUGCUCGCAAGUUUGACUCGACUGCAUUGGAGCCAUUGCUUAACUUAUCUUCAACAACUAUGCACUUAUGAAAAUUUUGAUGCUACACAGAUAGAGAGAAGGAUAUUCAAGUGCUAUAUUGGUUUCUAGAUAUUGGUAGAGAAGUUAAUGGGAGUGUUAUAAAUGAUUUUGCAUUAAUCUAAAUGUAAAGAUACUAAAGAGAAUUAUGUGUUCUCAGCCAAUUGGAUAUGGUUUCUCUCCAAUUUUCCAAUGAGAAGAAGCAAAUAUUUCGGGUCUAACACUAGUCAUUUGUAUAAUCAAGGCACAGUUUAACAACUUUUCCCAGAACAAGAUUCCUUUAUUUGAGGGUGAUCUUCCAAUGGUCACUUGACUUACAAAAAAAGACACAGAAUAGUGUAAUUGGCGCAUAAUAAUAUCCACUUUUUAUGCUAUCA